AACAUCAUUUAUUUUAUUGAAUUGUUCUUUUUUAAGGUUUUUUAGUUUCUUUAAACAACGAAAAAUGAAGAAAAUAAGGCAACGAAUCAGCCGUGUAUUGGGUGGUAAUAAUAUUGUUGUUGAGCAACAACAAGAAAGAAAUAUAACCCCAACAAUAUCAGAAAUUGGAAUAAAUAAUAAUUUUAGUCUUCGUUCUAAUAGAGAUACAGAAACGAAUAAAAUGAAAUCAAAGUAUCGUUGGAGCCUGUCAGAUUCCCUUUCGCAGUUGGGUGAGAGAAUUGCGGAAAUGACUGUUGAAGAGGAAGGACCUAGUAAUCGAGUACAGCCUUGUCAACAACAAAAUUGUGUUAGAGAAGAGGGGAAUAAUAAAACCCAGUUAAAUAAUUCCUCAUCAAAUACAAUAGAAGAAAAACAUCCACAAAUUACUUUACGUUCAAAAAAGCGUCAACAACAGCAACACCCUCAACCCUCCCAACAACAACAAAAUUCUUCCUCCUCCUCUUCCUCUUCUAGAACAAAAAGUUGGCAUGCCCCCCGUUGGUUUGGAAGUUUCUCAACUUCCUCCAUAACAACAAUAAAUGGAAGGCUUGGAUCUGACGGUGAAAGUGCUGCUGAAGUGUCUCCAAGUUCUUCUGGAGAAACAACAAAUUCUUCUUCAACAUCCCCACAUUCUAGAAUUACGGCUAUUUAUGUGCCUAAUGUUAAAUUGAGGAAGAAAAAAGGAGGAAAUAAUAAUGGCCCAAUGGCUACAGCUAAUAAUAAUAAUUCUGCUGCUGAUAAAGGAGGGGAAGGGAGAAGAUUGGAGGCAGAAAUCCAAAAACGUCUUUCACUACCCGCCUAUAUAAACAUCCCUCAAUGUGUUGUAGAAAAUUUGAGUAGAAUCCCAGCAGUCGAAAACCCAAUAAGCAGAAAAUGUCGCCGAGCAUCCCUCAACGAAAUUGGUUUUGGGAGAGCCGAAACCUACAAAAAAAUUUUUGAUUUGGGGGAAGGAACUUACGCAACCGUUUAUUUGGGGCAAAGUUUAUUAACUGGGAGAAGUGUGGCAAUGAAAGAAAUUCGGUUAGAACAUGAAGAGGGGGCGCCGUGUACAGCGAUUAGAGAAGUUAGUUUGCUCAGAAAUUUGAAGCAUGCUAAUAUUGUUACAUUGCAUGAUGUCGUACAUACAGACAGUGUUUUAACACUCGUUUUUGAAUUUGUUGAGCAAGAUUUACGAGAAUAUAUGGAAGAACUCGAAACUUUAAUGUCCAUAAGAAACGUCCAACUUUUUGCCUUUCAAUUACUCAGAGGGCUCUCCUAUUGCCAUUCUAGAAGAAUUUUACAUAGAGAUUUAAAACCUCAAAAUUUACUUGUGACUAAAGGAGGAGAACUUAAAUUGGCUGAUUUUGGGUUGGCUAGAGCACAAUCUAUACCUACUAAAAGUUACUCGAGUGAAGUUGUUACUCUGUGGUAUAGACCUCCAGAUGUCUUACUUGGUUCAACAGAAUAUACAACACAUAUAGAUAUGUGGGCUGUUGGUUGUAUAAUUUAUGAAAUGUUGACAAACCUCCCUUUAUUCCCUGGAAGUUCCCCAACAGAGCAAUUAAAAUUAAUUUUUCAAAAAUUGGGAACUCCAAAUUCAGAAACACACCCAGAAUUGAGAGAAUUGCCCGGAUUCAAAAAAUGCAGAAAUUUUCGGCAGCAUUCCCCAAAAUGUUUAAUUUGCCUUCCAAGAUUGGAUACAAUUACUGUUGAUUUAUUAUUGAAAUUGUUAAAGUACGAUGGAAAUAAAAGAAUUGGAGCAGUUAAAGCAAUGAGACACCCAUUCUUUCAAGACUUUCCUGAACAAUUGUUUAGGCUUUCAGACAAAGUAAGCGUAAGACACUUGUUUUAUUAA